UGGGGGCGGUGCUGGCCCGAGUCGGGGCGCUGGGCGGGCUGCCAGCCGGAGCCGUGGCGUGGCGGCGGGAGAAGCUACGGCUCUUGGCCCGGGAGGAGGCGAGAGCGCGGCCGGGCAGCUCAGCGUAGUGGAAGUGUGUAUCCUGUCGUUGGAUAAGGAAAGGAUUAGGAAUAUGAUGAUAUUUAUGAAGUGGAUGAAGACAACUUGGGCUUAUGACAGAUUUCCUUAGCUGUUUUCCACAGAGCCCUCACGGUGACAGUACUGACCAGAAACCACUGACACGUGAAGAUGAAACCAUGAAGAGAAAGCAGAACGAAUAAUAAUGCUUUUCCGAAACCGGUUUCUGUUCUUGCUGGCUUUGGCAGCCUUACUUGCCUUUUUGAGCCUCAGUCUACAAUUCUUGCAUUUAAUCCCAGUGAACCCCAUCAAGGAAGAUGGGUUGAAUCCUAAGAGCCGAAAGAGAAUAAUGCCUGAUUUGCUGACAGAACCUCCUGCAAUAGAUCCUGUUUAUGAAGCUCGUGUUUACUGCAAUAUUCCUACCAUUGCUGAACGUAGCAUGGAAGGCUAUGCACCCCAUUAUUUUAAGCUAGUGUCAGUUCAAGUGUUGAUUCGACAUGGAGAUAGAUAUCCAUUAUAUGCCAUUCCCAAAACAAAAAGACCUGACAUUGACUGUACGUUGCUGCCUAACAGGAAACCUUCUCAUCCUCAGCUGGAAGCUUUCAUUAAGCACAUGUCCAAAGGGUCUACAGCCCAAAUGGAUGGUACCCUAAGCAGCCUGCCUCGUUACCCUAGUCAUUCUCUUUGUGAAAUGGGAGAGCUUACACAGACUGGUGUUGUGCAGCACUUGCGAAAUGGACAGCUAUUGCGAGAAAUUUAUAUAAACAAACAUAAACUGCUUCUGAAUGACUGGACAGCAAAACAGCUCUACUUGGAGACAACAGGAAAGAGCCGAACCCUGCAGAGUGCGCUGGCGCUGCUCUACACCUUUUUGCCUGAUUUUGACUGGAAAAAAAUUAACAUGAGGCAUCAGUGGAGCACCAUUUUUUGUUCUGGAAGCUGCGACUGUCCUAUGCGGAACCACUACCUAGAAGAGGAACAGCGCAGGCAGUACAGCUUACGGGUGAAGAACAAUGAUUUGGAGAGAAUAUAUGUGGAUAUGGCAAAGAUUGUUGGCAUUCCUACCAGGCAGUUGAGAGCUUCUAACCCAAUAGAUUCUCUCUUGUGCUAUUUUUGCCACAAUGUCAGUUUCCCCUGUACCAAAACUGGCUGCAUUGGUAUGGAACACUUUAAAGUAAUCAAAAGACAUCAGUUGGAGGAUGAGAGAGAAAGACAGGAAAAGAAACUAUAUUUCCUGUACGCACUGUUGGCUACUCACCCUCUCCUUAACCAGACUGUUAAUCGGCUCCAGCGAAUUGCAGAAGGCAAGAAAGAAGAAAUAUUUGUUCUUCACUCUGCACACGAUGUCACGUUGUCACCUGUUCUUAGUGCCUUGGGCAUUACAGAGGCCAGAUUUCCACGGUUUGCUGCCAGAUUAGUUUUUGAGCUGUGGCAGGAUGGGAAGAGACCCAAAGAACACUUUAUCCGCAUCCUGUAUAAUGGUGCUGAUGUCACAUUCCAGACCUCAUUUUGCAAGGAUUAUUAUAAACGUUCCAGCAAGCCAAUGUGCCCGCUAGAAAAAUUUGUUAGCUUUGUUAAGAGGGAUAUGUUCUUAGUUUUUAACAGCACUAGUUAUUAUGAUGCAUGUCGUAGAAGACCACUGUAGGAAAGGGAAGUGAAACUGUUAACUUCUUUAACUGUAGGUGAAAGUCUGUAUUCUGGUUGAGGCGCAUUUCAGUUCUGUUGUUUCUUGAGAAAUGAUAUUUCUUGGAACAUUCUUCAGUUUCAUUUUCAUUCAAACUGUAGAUGGUCUCCAGUAGAAGAACAGAUACUGAGGAAGUGUUUUGUCUGUGUUAACUGUCAUGAACUGAAAAACCACACAAGCUACUGUAAUGUUAGACUUUGCUUGAUAGAGUGAGAGAGCACAGAUUUCAUUUCCCUAUAUUCCAGAGCAAUACUUGCACACCUCGAGUUUAAAAACAAAGCAUUUUUUUUUCACCAUCAUCUUGUAAUCAUGUAAGCAGCUGUAUCAGGGUAUUUAUAAAAAGCCAGACAUCUGCUUCUAGGAUAUUCUGGAUGCUCCCUACUCAGAAAGCAUUUUAAUAUUUAGGAACAGGACUUUAAAGCAAAGUGCUUGACUAUAACUGAGCAUGUACAAAUGAGUGUGUGCCUUUCUGACCUCACAGACCUACAGAUGCUUACUUACGUUGCCUGUGCCAGAGAAGGGUGUACUGGAAAAUGUGUGCAAAACUGUUCUCUGACUGCACUUUUAGCACUUUGAACAAUACAGACACAAUCUUUGAUUAUGUAAUGGUCUUGUUAUAUUAAAAUAGAUAAUGAACACUAAAUAUUACCACUAAAUCUGAAUGGGAAAUUAGGUUUAUAAAUCAGUUUUACAGUGAGGUGUUGGGCUUUUUCCCAUUGUGAACAUGCUCAAGCAAAAAAAAUCAGUGUUUUUGGAAUUUGAUAUAAUGGCUGCUUGAGACAGCUUGACUAAACACUAGGAAUUUUAUAGUUGAUUUUAGUAUUUUUAUGGGCUCAGAAGCUCUUAUUUUGUAUGAUCAGACUUGUGUAGCUACUGCACUGUGUAAAUUUGUGACACAGUAGAUCUUUCAUACUUCAGUUUGUAAAGAGCUGUGAAAGGCUGACUUUCAGACAUUUUUUCCCUUGAUCAGGGUAUACAGACUUAAGAAUAAACUGUCUUUUAUGGGUAACUUGAGCAAUGUGUGGGUAUGAGAACUUGUAUUCAAACUGUUUUCAUCUCUUUAGGAAUAGUAAAUUGAGCGAUAGUUUUUUCUAGAAGCUAUAGAUGUUCCGUAAUUUUGGAGGGAUGGGUUUUUUACAUGUCUAGAAAUAAGUCUGUGACUCGUGACUCAGUGGUGCUGGUUUAUUAAAAAAAAGAAAAACAACAAACACACACAAAAAAACCCUGCAUAACUGAGCAUAGGUUCUCUAACUCUUGAUAUUCCACUUGCUGUUUUCAGUGCUUCAUUCAAACGUAUUUCUUUAAAUAAAAAUGUAGGGACUCUUUGUGAA